CUCGGUGACAACUUACAAGGUUGUGAAAAGUAAAAUGUCAGAUAAAAUUGUUAAUGUAAAUGAUUGGAAGUAUACAACUUUGCAAUAUUUGUAUGAUAUGCGCGAAUCAGAAUGUGCAAGUUAUGAAAAAAACAGAAAAGCAAUAACGGAACGCAAAAAUGCAUUAGAAGAUGAAAUUGAGAGGUAUGCUAAUAAAAUGUUACAGGAGUUAAAUAAACCGUGGAUGAAGUUGAACGAAACAAUCACCAAACAGGAAAAACAGCUUCUUCAAAGUGAUCUCACGUUAGAAAGAACCUUUAUUUUACCAACAAAUCAAGUGCCGCAAUUCUCUGAUGGAAAUCUGUCAGAAGAGUGCAUUUCAAAAAUUUUUGGCAGUUUGGUCAAUAGGAGCUAUAUAAGUGAGGAAAUUGAAUUAUCAAAAAUUAAAUCGUAUGACACGGAUGUUUUGUAUACUAACCCUAUAUGUCCUAUUAACGAUCAAACUUUACUGAUUGGCUGUGCUGCAGAUAAAGUUCUAAAACAAGUUACAAUGGUGAAAAAGUGUAAGGAAAUCAACGCAUUGCAAGAAAUUAAAGUUUCUUCUAUAAUUGCACAAAGCUCCGGGAAAGUGAUCUUAUCGGAAUCAAACGAUACGUUUUUAAAACUACUAGUAAGUGAUGGAUCAUUACAGCAGUUUGUUGAUUUCAAUCCAUUGAUUCCAAAAGGAAUAUUCAUAACGGAUGAAAACGAAGUUUUUGUUGGACUUCGAGAGAAAACAACGAAUCCAUUCGUGAUAGACAGAUAUAGCGAAAGACAGGUACGUCAUUUAGACUCUCAUAGCAGAACAAGGCACAUAUAUGAAUUUGAUGAAAACCAAAAAAGGCUAUUCACCGUGCCAUCCAGAAUUAUUGCUAGCAACUUGAAUAUACAUGUUAUUGAUACUGAAGACGAAGAUAAUGGAAGAAUAAUUACCUUAGAUUUUCCUGGAAAUGUCCAAUGGAUCUAUAAUGGACACGCAUUUUCUAAAUACGCGUUUUGUCCGAAUGAUUUUGCAUUGUCUCCUCAAGGAUAUCUGGUUGUUACCGAUACAUAUAAUGACGCCCUGCACUUUUUGAAUAAUCAAGGUGACAUUUUACUCUAUAAAACACUUAGUAUUUUUGGAAUAUCAUUGCCUUGUAGUGUUGCGAUAGAUUUUAAAAGUCAACUUUGGGUAGGAACUGGCCGCGACAAAACAAAAUGUGCAAAAGUUCAUGUUCUGUCAAUGUUCAAAUGAAUUAUAAAUAAAUAAAAUGAUUUUGUUCGA